GUCAACAAUGUGAGUAGUUUGGACUUCAACCCUCGGCUCAACACGUCCUCAUAUGUGAACGUAGUCAGUGAACUCGAGGAACGCGAAGUGGCUCUAAAGGGACUACGAAUCAACAUUGCGGAUCAGACGGUGUACCCAGCAUCAUUUGGCCUGCACAACGAUGUGCUCAAUAUGGUGGCUAACCUUUGGUAG